AUGAUUUAAGAAGGUGUUGUGGAUUUCUUAAAACAAAAACCUUAAAGCCUUCUUUCAUACAAUAAUUAAAAAGGAUCGUCUCGUCCAAAGAGUUAAUAAAAAUAUGGUAAUCAACAAUAAUCUUAAUUGCGUCCCCCAUCAUCAUAACUUUAGAGUGUUAGUGGAGCUGUAAAACACAAGUAAUAUAUUCACAAAAAGAACAAUCUGAUGAUGAAUAGGUAGUCUCAUGCUCAAUUGCAGCAAUAAUAAAAGGAUGAUCACAAUUGUUAUGAAAUCACUCCUUAACUAUUAUCGGAAAUAAGUAUGGAUGAUCCCAUUUGGAAACGAAUUCUUCCAGAGAAUCUGAGUCUGAAUGAGAAACAACUCAUACAAUUACUCGAUGAAAAUACAGAUUAUUUUUAUCAUAACUUAAAGUUGUGUGCUUGUUUCAAAUGCACUUGUGGAAGAUGCAAAUGUGAUGCUAGUACCCAAGUCAAACUCAAACUUAAUGGAAUUUUCUUAACAAAUUAUGAUAAAGAUUUUGUAAACAAUCACAAAUCAAAAAAAAGUGUAACAAAUCCACUCAAUUAAAAAACAUACGAUACCAAUUUUAUGGAUCAAAAAUCUAUAAAUUUGAAAUCUCUCUAUUAAUAAGAUUAUCAAUAAUAACCUCUUGAAUUUUAACCAAAUCUAAAAAAACAUUCUAACCAAUAAAUUGGGUCUGUGUCCAAUCUAACAAGUUACAGAUCUAAUUACAAUGAUUGGGGCACUAAUUAUCAUAAAUAUACUCCAUUCCCUCACAUAAGCACUAGUCCUGACAUCAAAUUCAUUGGCACCUCCCAAUACAAAGACUCAUAUAUGUCUCCAAACAGAUGGAGCAUUAAUAAUGCACAUUAUUUCAAGACUUCUUUGUAAACAAUCUCUCCAUAUUUUAGAACACCUAUACCAACUGGAUAGUUUGAAGGAUAAACUACACAUAAAACUAGUUUCAUUCCAUACUCAACAUCUCAUAAAUCUUAGAUUGAUCGACAACACGUUUACGAAAAGAUACCUACUUUUGAAGGGUAAUUUAUAUCGACAGAAAUGCAUGAUUACAUUCAAAAAGAGGAUAAGAAUUGUCCAGCCAAAUAAUUUUAAAAAAUAUUUCGUUAAUAAAUGGCAGAUAAACUUUUCAAAAAAAAAUAACAAUUCCUCAAAAACUAAAUAUAAUAAAAUUAUUGA